GCGAGACCUGUGCCAACACAGCCCAUGCCGAGGGUCCUGGCGUCACACCGGUGUCACGCUGGUGUCACCCAGUGCCCCUGCAGCCUGUGCUGCCCCACACGGCCUCGCCGUGACAUCUCGCCAUCGCACAACAGCUCUUGUGGCUUCAGUUGCCACUUCCUGCCCUUUGCAGGCAGCGGAGGCAGCGGCGCAGGCAAAGCGCAGGCAAAGCGCCGGCAAAGCGCCGCCUGUCCCGUGGCGCCACCAUGGACCCCCGCGUCCCGGCGUGGCUGGGCGGAGGGGACCCCAUGGAUGGCGACCGUCCCCUCUUCAGCACCUUCAGACCCAUUGGUGAGGACAACGUGGCCAGUGGCAGGAUAGGACCCGACACAAGCCUGAUCCAGCCCCAGGGAGCGGAGCAGCCCCCGGGACACGGCGACACACACAGCACGGUCCCUCUGGUCUCAUCCCCAGCCGAGGUGGCCCCGCGGCCGGAGCUGGUGGCCCUGCGUGCCCGGACGAGGCUGUGGUUCGAGCAGACGCAGGCGGGGAGGCUGAGCGCCGAGGGCGAGCUCCCCGCCUGGUUCCACGGCUUCAUCAGCCGCAGGGAAACGGAGCAGCUGCUGCAGGAUCAGCCCCCCGGCUGCUUCCUCGUCCGCUUCAGCGAGAGCACCGUCGGCUUCGUGCUGUCCUACAGGGGCAGCGACCGCUGCCGGCACUUCGUCCUGGACCAGCUGCCGGACGGGCGCUACGUGAUCCUGGGCGAGCGGAGCGCCCACGCCGAGCUGGCUGAGCUGCUGCGACACUACAGCGCGGCCCCGGUGACACCGUACAAUGAGUUCCUGACGGUGCCGUGCGCUCGGGACGGGCCCCGAGGAGGGAUGUGGAUCCCAACCGGCGGCGCUGCUGCCUGUUCCGCACCCAGCGAGGCGCCAGCAAACCUCCCGGCGUACGGCACCGUGUCCAGGGGACCCCCGGGAGCCCGGCCGGCAGCCGUGGACACCCCGAUGCACACAGAGCCCGGUGCAUGGGGAGCCAGCGCCAGGGAGGUGAUGGCUCCCUACGUUCCCCCGCCGCUCCCAGCCAAGGUCGCCUCCUCGGCCGCAGCCCCGGGGCCACGCAGCCCCCCCAGUCCCUGCGCUGGGGUGCACAGAGGAGCCGCCCCCCCCGAGCCGCCCCAGCCCCCCGACGCCAAGUACCAGCAGCUCCUGUGCUUCCACACCUACGCGGAGCCCCACGAGGGCAUCGCCCCCGCGCCGGAGGAGCCCAUCCCGUUCUACGCCGUGGGCCACGGGGGCAGCCCCCGCGCGCUCCCCCAGGAGAACAUCUACUCGGAGGUGGCGCUGGCCCAGCAGGACCGUCCUGCUCUGCUCCCCAGGGCGGCCCGAGGUCCCUUCUCCACGCUGCCCCCCAAGUGCCACAUGCCCCCCAGGUCGGCCCAUCGCCGGCUCCUGCGCAGCGUGUCCAGCCAGGCCUGCAGGAGGCGGCAGCUCCCGGCGGCGCCCGGGAAGGACCGAGGAGACCCCGGCGCGGCCACCGAGGUCGCAAUGACAAACCCUGCGCUGGAGUUUGACGACCCCAUUUACGGCCGGAGGACCAGAGUCACAAAGCAAGACACAACCAGGCCCGGGCAGGAUGGGCCCCAGAACAUCUACGAGCAGCUUUCUGGAGAGCAGCUCUGAGCCAGCGCACAGUGCUGAACAUGAGCCAUUACACACCAAAACGGAAAGAGAAGAGGAACCGGCCGCUCGGGGCUCUGGCCCAUCCCAACCACCCCAAGAGAAGAGUUUGGAGGAGCAGAUGGAGCCCCAGCACAACGGGCGAGCGAAACAUGGGGAAAGGGAUCAGCAAACGCGGGUCUGAAGGGAUGAACCCCCAGCACUGAGCACAACCCGCUGGGGUCACACCUGACAGACCACACGGAGAGAACUCCCUGCACACGUAUUUACGGAGAACCCCAGGAUGUGAGGGGUUGGAGGGCCCUGGAAAGCCCAUCCAGUGCAAUCCCCCCAUGGAGCAGGAACACCCAGAUGAGGUUACACAGGAAGGUGUCCAGGCGGGUUGGAAUGUCUGCACAGAAGGAGACUCCACAACCCCCCUGGGCAGCCUGGGCCAGGCUCUGCCACCCUCACCCCAAACAAGUUGCUUCUCAUCUUCCAGCGGAACCUCCUGUGUUGCAGUUUGCACCCAUUGCCCCUUGUCCUGUCCCUGGUUGUCACCAGAAGAGCCUGGCUCCAUCCUCCUGACACUGCCCCUUUCCAUCUUGAUCCCCAGCAAUGAGUCCCCCCUCAGGCUCCUCUUGUCCAGCUCCAGAGCCCCAGCUCCCUCAGCCUUUCCUCACACGGGAGAUGCUCCACUCCCUCCAGCAUCUUGGUGGCUGCGCUGGACUCUCUCCAGCAGUUCCCUGUCCUGCUGGAACUGAGGGGCCACAGCUGGACACAAGAUUCCAGAUGUGGUCUCCCCAGGGCAGAGCAGAGGGGCAGGAGAACCUCUCUGGACCCAGCUGGUCUCCCAUCCAAGCACUGACCAGGCCUGACCCUGCUUAGCUUCCCAGAUCAGGUGUUCUCAGGGUGCUAUGGCUGUGUAUCUGUUCGGUCUCCCAUCCAAGUACUGACCGGGCCCGACCCUGCUUAGCUUCCCGGAUCAGAUGAGAUAGGGCGUUCUCAGGCUGCUAUGGCUGCAUAUAUACAUAUAUAUAUACACAUACAUAUAUAUAUACACAUAUACGUAAAAUAUAUGUUUCUCAAGUGUAUCCUUAUAGUGUCUGAACUAAACCCUUUAUUCAAGGGCAGAGCAGAGGGGCAGGAGAACCUCUCUGACCUACUGACCACCCCCUUCUAACCCACCCCAGGUCCCAUUGGCUUCCUGGCCACAAGGGCCCAGUGCUGGCUCAUGGUCCCCCUGCUGUCCCCAGGACCCCCAGCUCCCUUUUCACUGCUCCAACAGCUCAUUCCCAACUUACACUGGAACCUGGGCUUGUUCUGCCCACAUUCAAGACUCUACACUUGCCCUUGUUCUAUUUCAUUAAAUAUCUCCUCACCCAGCUCUCCAGCCUGUCCAGCUCUCUGGAUGGCAGCACAGGUUUCUGUCCCCAGUUGUGCGACAUCAGCCUCUCCACCAAUAAACCGAAGGUGCUUCAGCCGUCCCGAGGAAAAAGCGACACCCCGAGCACCUCGCGAUGGAACCAGGCCGGGUUCGGUUCAUUCAAAAGUUUAUUCCUUUUAUCAAAUCUCUUCUCAGAGGAUUUUUUCCACUGUACACAUAUGAAUAAAUUACUCAACAGUAACUUUAUUCUGGUCGUCCAAAUACUCCAAACGGGCUCUGCAAAGUACUAAAACAUCCAGGGGGGCUAAACUAGAAAUCAGAUGAUUUUAAAAUAUUCUAAGAAAAGACGUCAUUCCUGGGGGUUGGUUUGCUCGUUUUAAACAGGUAACACGGGAGAAAAACAACCUCUUGGAGUUCUUCUAAAUGGAAUAACAAACACGAGCUGGUUUAGGUUCCAACCAACACAACCCUUAGCGGCGGGAAUGUAAGUUCAACAACCAGACCAGCUCUCCGCUCCCUUCGCUGAACAACAAACCGAGCGAGGCCACCGAGAUUUGGCUACGGAAACGCGGAUCUGGCCAGCAAGGCUGCACAUGAUUUGCAGUCGUUAUUGCUUAGACCUUAAAUAAAGAUUGAAUGUGUAAAAGAUAAGGCCGGACGCUGUCUCCUCUUCCCAGCCAGGAGGGGAAAGUUAACGCUUAAUUGGAAGAGUUGGGAGGUGUCAUCUGUGUCGGCUCGGAGGGAAUAACGUCGCGCCGUGGGGUGGAACACGCGCUUCAAUACGUCUGGAGGGCAGCUCGGUACCAGGGGGGAGGAGGAAAAAGGGGGGAAAAGGAAGGAAAA